CUAGAGGCUCCCCCUCCACCACCUCGGAGGGGAGGUCCACCUUCAGCAGCAGCAGCAGCAGCAGCAGCAGUGGUAGGAGGAGGAGUAAGCGGUCCCGUCGGUGCCAAUCAGCAGACUACGGCUACCAGCUUCCAGCUACAGCUUAACCAGGACCAUCUAACCAUGAAGCAGCCGCAACAACCGGGCAUGAAGUUGUUCCCGAACUAUACGCCACCGAUUCCACCGCACCAUCUUCACAAUGGGAACGGGCCACCGUUGACCACCGGUAGCAGCAAUCCGGCCAACCAUCACUAUCACCAGAUCACCUAUCAGCACAGCACAGGAGGAGGUCAACAGCAAACGCUCGCACCGUUGCGCCUCAAUCAGGAUCACUUCCUUCCACCGAACAAAACGAACACCAUCGGACCAUCGGGUGGCCACGGGGGUAUUACGUCCGGAUCGCGAUCUCAGCAACCCGGAAUGCAUGCCAAGUAUCAGACCCACCAUCAUCACCAUCACCAGCAGCAACAGCAGCAACACGGUCUGAAUGGUGCAUUCCAGCAGCAACCAGACCAUUCGCAUCUCUACCAUCAUCCACAGGAUCUCGAUGAUGAUGAUGAUCAACUGCAUCAUCACCACCAUCAUCAUCCACACCAUAGUCAUCAUCCGAUGCAGCACCAUCUGCCACCGCAUCAUCAUCCGAUGCAGCAACACCACGGCGGUGUCGAUGACGAUGACGAGGACGACGACCACGAUGACGUCAAUGGUGGUGGUGUCUCCGAUCGCGAGGACGAUGACACACUCGACGUUAACGAAAGCUGUCGUCGGGGUGUCGGGGACAGUGGAGAUAGUGCACCCAGUGAGGGUACCUCACCACCACAGAGCCCCCUUUCACCGCUACCACCCGAAUUACCCGUCCGGAAUGGGUUACUGCCGAGCUACAACGUAGCGCUAGAACUGAACCACAUCAACAACAACAACAGCAGCAACCCAGUCCGGGGCACUGGGGCACUGGGGUCGUCUCCUUCACCACCGACGUCGUCCGCUACAACACCACCACCACCACUGCCACCGUCCACAUCUGCGGUGGCAUCCGGCAGUGGCCGUAAAACGCUCGCACUGCGACACUAUCACUAGGAACUUUGUCUUCGUCUUCGAAAACCUUCCUCUCCUUAAUCAUAGCGGAUAAGAGGCAAUGUCCAACUUUUGUGAUGAGUGUUCCUAGGUCCCUAGAUUACCAUCCCGUCUUGAUCGUGAUAUCGUCUCGCUCGGCUUUAUAUCAGCUUUCCACAAAAUUCCCCACAAAGCAAAACCUUCUUCUUAUUGCCCGUUGCUCGUUAGAUCGCGUAGAUAGGAUUAGAAAAUGUGUGUUGAGGAGUUCCAUCGGACACAUCGCCAGGUAAUGUAGGUGUCGAGAAUUCAUGAAGGUAUAACCUAUUUAUUUUUCCCUAUAACGGAGCACAGAACGAGAACUGUAUGAGAUUUAUAUCAAACGUCGUACAUGCCUCACACCGAGAGAUGUCACUCCGGAAUGCUUAAUAUCCUCCCGGGGAGGGGAUUGGGAUCGUGUACCGCAAUCUAUCUUGCACUGACUUCGGUAACCGCAAUCACACCGCAACCGAGAACAGCGCGUCAACGCGUUCUUGCCGAGCUUCUGACAAGCUCGUUGUACUGCUACUCUCGUCUCGUCAGUAUGGGUUUAAUUCGUACCUAAGUCUAGUUUCUCUCGUCAACGUCGUCAGUCUUUACCAUGGAAGAUGAUAGCGAAAAAUGAAACAAAACAGGAAUAGCCAACAAGCAACAAGUACAUCCAACAAAUGGAACAACUUUAAGACUUCCACAGGGAGAGAGUGAGAGAUAAAUAGAAAGAGAGAGGAGAAUCAUGGAAUGUCGGGACCGAAUGUAAUUUGAUUCUCGAGCAAGCAACGGAGACAAAAAGUAGGCAUUGCUAUUGAACCUAACAGCAGCAGCAACAGCAACAGCAAGGCCUUUCGAAUCCAACCGGAGCCGGACGAAUGCGUAAUUGUGGUCAACAUCCUGGUCACAACAAGCCCUCGCGGCAUGCCAUGGCAUGCGCCUCCCCUCCCCGGGCCCCAACCCUGUUGUGGUCCCUUUUAUCAACGAACGUCAUCACCAUUGUCGUCGUGUCGGGCUACGUCGGGCUUGAGAACGCUGGCUGGUUCCAGGCGAAGUAUCGCAGCAAACGACGACGACGACGACGACGACCAUGAUGAUGGCGACGGUUGAUGGAGGUGGUGUCACCACCACCAACCCCUCUUACCACCGCAGAAGGCAGAAUGUUGUUUAAUUAAAUUAAUGGCCGGAAUAAUGUCGGUGACAUCCGGUUUGGCUAGACACACAGUGGCCUCUGCCACGCGGUGCUCGCGGUUAAAGCUUAUAACGGGCAAGUGUUUAUUGAUUUAGUUGAUGAGCAACUGGCGUUUGGGCUGGCGGUUGGGGUUCUGCUGCGGUGGCGGUGGCUUUCCUUAAGAAGCACAAUCCUUAACCACCUCAUUACCGC